ACAAAAAUAAUUUGAACGAAAAGAUGGCGGAAGAACCUUCGUCCACAGACCGAGACGGUUGCGAGUCUGGAGCCGCUGUGGAAACGACCAAUGAGGUCAAGCUGUCACCCAAACGGUGUUCGUCCUCCAGUGCCCCAGAUGGCGUCCCUCCACAAAAGUCACCUCGCAUUGAAAUGCUAUUAACCAGCACGCGGACGCUCGAUGCCGGAGAAGAGCAUCCUGACAUGGACAGGCUGGAAAUGGCAUCUGGAAGCACGGCGGAACCUGAGACUUGUUCACCUGUAAACAGGACUGCACGGAGGAAAUCCUGGAGGAGAGCCACCAUGACAAGACGCUCCCUGUCCGCACUUCCCAACCCGCAUCAAACUUUGUGUAAGAGCAUCAGCACAUCCUUAUCACAACGAGAGAGGUUGAGUAUAUUGAUGGAGGCUGCGAUAAAGCUGGCCACGGAUAGACUUCAGAAUUCGCUCCAGUCAUUACCAAAUUCCUCAUCAGCGUCUUUUCAGAAACAAGUUGAGAAAAUGAAGAAAAAAUGCAGUUCUGUGGGCAAAUGCAUCAGCAGUGAGCAACAGAGUCAAAGGACUGCUGAGCCUGCAGUGCAGAAAGCUAUGGUGAUCCAAAAUACAAUUAACAGGAUUCAAGCUGAAAGUCAAUCAUGGGAAGCACUCUCUCACAAACACCGGAGUAAGGCAGAAGAAUUGGAAAGGAAACUGGCUGACGGCCAAAAGAAAGCCAUCUCAUUCGACCACACGUGUAUGGCCCAGUCUUCACAGUACCAGUUAAUUCGGAGUAAACCCGACUACCAUGCCCUCCUCCGUAGACAACAGUCCAUGUUGCAGACUAUGACACUUGUUACGGACAUUCAGUAUAAGCUUGCUAGCGAGCUUCAGUCCAUCAAGGAGGUGUCACAGUCGAUGGUGAAAGAGAUCAGUGGCCGAUUGGCAGCUCAAGCAGGAUUUCAGGAUCAUUCUCCCAACGUCAUUAAGGACCUAAUUGUGGCACUUAUUGCAUCUGCAAGCACAGUCACAUUAAAUGGAGGCAAGCCCUCAGUUUGACUUUUUUUUUUUUUAAAUUGUAUAUGGAAGAAAAUGUCUUUUUUUUGGUCAGCAUGUUUUAUUUUACUGUAUAAAGCUAAACUCAUAGGCUUGUACAUAUCAAGAGUAUUGUUGAUAGUUGAUGUAAUUCAUACAUGUGUCCAGCCGGUGGCAGUGGCUGUCUUGCAAAGUACUGUUCAAAGCAGGUCUCUGUUAUGCUUUUUAAUAAAUGCCUUUUCACCUUUUUAAAAAAAGAGAAACGUCAAAGACUUGACUGUCAUGAAAACUUAAGACAGGUGAAAAUAAAGUAAAGUGCACAAUAUUAGUGUUUUGUGAUCAUGUGUCCAUACGUUUUCAGGAAUUGCUGUACUGUUGAGGAUAGCUAAAUUAACACUGUGAGCACACAGUACACGGUGAAAAUUUAAAACGAAUGAAAUGUAUACCAUGAAGACUCCCUCUUCCUCAGUUUGUCUUUAUUUCCAUUUCUUGGCCAUGCUCUUCCUCGGCCUGUUUACUCUGCUUUUCCUUCUGUGCUGCAUCUAUUUCACUUCAUCAGUGUCCCCUGACCAUUCAAGAGAAAGCCCCUUCCCCCUGGGUGACUCCCCCCCACCCCCCCACCAAUCUCCUGCAUUUGGCUGGGGCACUGAUG